CUAAUCACUCGUGAAUGGCUAUUUUGAAGGAUGAAGAGUUGAAAGAAUGGAAACUGAGAUGAAUGGCAAUGGAAGCUAAUGAAAUAUUAACCAAUUGCAAGAGAAUGGCCAAAUGAGCCCCAUCACUUCUAUAAACAAAAAGUUUGUUGGAACAGACUGUGCAGCUUAUGUGACCAAUUUCUCGUCGGAUACAUGAAUUAUUCUGCCCAGUGUACAAAAUGCAAUGCGACAGUACAUAAGUGGUGUGCACCUCGUUUCAAAAGUUUCUGCAUGAAGGGAUUUCCAGAUGUUGAUAGAAAAGAAAAGCUUGUUAAGCAAAUCUACUAUGAAGGUCAUAAACUGGUUUUGGUUAAGAAGCAGUUUCACACAAGAAGAUGCUGGUGUUGCGCAGGUUACGUCGGAAGAUACUACCAUUUGUGUUACGUUUGCAAAGUUUGCAACUUUAUCUGCCACCCACAUUGUAUUGGGAAUAUGAAGCUUACUUGCAAAACUGUGCAGAAAGAUAACUUUUGUAAUGAAAUACAAGGACAUAAAUUUGUAUUAACAUACAAAAAAUUAUGGACACAGUGUGAGAAAUGUCAUUUUAACCUAGAUAUUUUCCUUACUCCUGCCUACAAGUGCAAAGAAUGUGGAAUAAAAGUACACAGUGAUUGUAAACACUUCUAUAAUUUUGAAUGCCCUUCAACAUACCUUUCUCUGGGAAUUGCUUUUCUUCACGAAGGAGAUUCUACAGUGAUGACACAAAAAUUCUUUUGUUACGGAUGUGAUAGAGAUUUUUAUGGUUGUGAACGCGAAAGCCGUUUUUGUCACUUCAGCAAAAGAUUUUAUUGCAUUAAUUGCCAUAGCAACCAUUCAGAAAUAUUACCGGAUAGGGUCCUUCUCCAUUGGGACUUCGCUCCUGAUACGGUAUGUGAUUGGUCAAGACUUGUCCUGAGAUACAUGCAUUCGAAAUCAUUCAUAUCAUUGGAUGAAGUUUCUUCACUCGUGACACAACUACACCGGGAACUCAUAUCAAUUGAAAGAAUAUUACUGGAGAUUAUAUCAUACUAUGAGAAUCUUCCAGAGUGCAAGAAAGCUUUCGACAAAAUAUUAUACAAGAUCAAGAAUUGCUGGCCUAAUUUACUUGAGACACCCCUCCAUUUUUCUCUUUCAAAUUUUGAAGAUAUUUAUAAGUGUUUCAACUGUGAAAACCCAUCUAAAGACUUAUUUUGCCCGAUUGUAAUUGAGUCACAUGAGAAGAUAAUUCAACAUGUUCGCCAUAACUGUAAGACUUGCAUUAGUAAAUCUUACAGUUGUGCCAUCUGUUGCCCAGUUUCACCAGACAGUGAAAUAAAUAAAGAGUUUGAAGAUGUUCUCUAUCCUUUUGAAAAUAGUGUCAUUAAAUGUCCAGAUGAAGAAUGUACAUUCCCAGUUUGUGUUCAUAGGAGAUGUCUCAAGAAGAAUCCAGACUUUGUUUGUCCAAACUGUAAAUCAAAGAUUGAAGACAAGUAAACCAGAC